UUUUCUACGCUAAACGUGAUGUUGCAUUCAAGUAUCUCUUACAAGCAGAAAGUUUAGACUCCGAAAAUUUUGUUCAAGGAUGCGUUACUAUUUGAAUCCCUGUUAGAGUUUUUUUUCGUGACUAAAGCUGUUUCAGGACAGUUUAACAUGUCAUCGCGGACCCAAUUGUUUGCGGUAGAAUGUCAAUUCAGCGUAUAUUGCAGCGUUCAACUCCAUCCGAGCAUCGCUGAAACGCUUUUGAAACUCAUAUUUACAACCAACGCGUGUUCCUUUUUCCCAGAACAAGCCUUGGGGAUGCUUAGACUUCCCUCGCAGGUGGGUACCACUGUCUACGAGAAAAGCCACCCAUGCAUCCAUUCAAAUGGAUGGCGAUAAAUCGAAAUGUAACCAUUUUUACGAACUCCACUCGACUUGGAACCUUUAGCACAACCAUUUUCCACUCAUCGCAUGACACACCAAAACACCAAACAGAAAAUGGCAAUCGAUUUUCCCUCGUGCCGAUCGGGCGCGCUCUCCGGCGCUUUUAUUUUUCCUCUCCUCGUGCUUACCACACACACACACGCACGCACGUUUGUGUCUGUGUGUGUGUUCUUGCUGCUUUCUCGGCUGUCGGCGGAGUUUCUCGGGUUUCCGUUGCGCCGUCGUCAUCGUCGGUUUUCACGAGCCAGCAGCCAGCGGCAGCAGCUUGUCCCUCCAGUUCGCUAUGUAGUGUGGUUCGGUUCACACGAAACCAGCACGGACCGCACGGGUGGUUUGUGUGUGUGUGUGUGUGUUGUUUGUUUCAUUCCUCACAUCCGUUUCGAUCCCUUCCACCGCCCAUACAGGUGCACAGCAGGUGGACAGAGAGUUGGUGGACGGAAGCCCAGAGACAUUUUUCCGGGCAAAACAGAUUAAAGCAAACCGUGCGCGUGUGUGUGUGUGUGUGUGUGUGCCACACAAACAAUUUAAGUUGGAAGCGCCAUUAUAAGAAAAAAAAUUGAAGAGUGAAAAAAAAACGGUUCAAAAGAAGUGAUUGCAGCAAGAAGAAGAAGAAGAAUCAGUGUGUUUGUGUGUGUUUUUUUGUAUGUGAGUGUGUGCGGGUUUUCCGCCGCUGCGGACGAUUCUAGCGAAAAGCUCUCGGGAAAAGCCUCCCAACAACAACAACAACAACAACAGUGAAAGGAAAUCGUCUGUACACGCGUGUGUGUGUGUGUGUAGAGUGUCCUAAAUAUAGCCGCGCACUGUGUGUGCGCGCGUGUGCGAACCUCUGUGUGUAUGUGCGCGUUGAGGAGACGCAGCCCCGCACCACAGCAGCGACCUCCGCGCCCACCACCCAUCGCGAGCGAACGGGGGCAACAACACUGUUAGGCGCUCCUGCUCCUUCUACCCUUUUCCAGUAGCGUACACACACACGUGUAGACAGCAACAGCAGCCAGGAUGUCGGGCGUGCGGGAAAUACCGGCGGAGGACAGCAUCAAGGUGGUGUGCCGCUUCCGCCCGCUCAACGACAGCGAGGAGCUUGCGGGCUCGAAGUUCGUCGUCAAGUUCCCGUCCGGGCCGGAGGAAAACUGUCUCUCGAUCGGGGGCAAGGUGUACCUGUUCGACAAAGUGUUCAAGCCGAACGCGACACAGGAGAAGGUGUACAAUGAGGCGGCGAAAUCGAUCGUGUCGGACGUGCUGGCCGGCUACAACGGCACGAUCUUCGCCUACGGCCAAACGUCGUCCGGCAAGACGCACACGAUGGAGGGCGUGAUCGGCGACCCGGCCAAGCAGGGCAUCAUACCGCGCAUCGUGAACGACAUCUUCAACCACAUCUACACGAUGGAGAUGAACAUCGAGUUCCACAUCAAGGUGUCGUACUACGAGAUCUACAUGGACAAGAUCCGCGACCUGCUGGACGUGUCCAAGGUCAACCUGAGCGUGCACGAGGAUAAGAACCGGGUGCCGUACGUGAAGGGUGCGUCCGAGCGGUUCGUCUCGAGCCCGGAGGAGGUGUUCGAGGUGAUCGAGGAGGGCAAAUCGAACCGGCACAUCGCGGUGACGAACAUGAACGAGCACUCGUCCCGCUCCCACUCGGUCUUUCUGAUCAACGUCAAGCAGGAGAACAUGGAGAACGAGAAGAAGCUGUCCGGCAAGCUGUACCUGGUCGAUCUGGCCGGCUCGGAGAAGGUGUCGAAGACCGGCGCGGAGGGCACGGUGCUGGACGAGGCGAAGAACAUCAACAAAUCGCUGUCCGCGCUCGGCAACGUCAUCUCGGCGCUGGCGGACGGCAACAAGACCCACAUCCCGUACCGCGACUCGAAGCUGACCCGCAUCCUGCAGGAGUCGCUCGGUGGCAAUGCGCGCACCACGAUCGUCAUCUGCUGCUCGCCCGCCAGCUUCAACGAGUCGGAAACGAAGUCGACGCUCGAUUUCGGCCGCAGAGCCAAGACGGUGAAGAACGUGGUGUGCGUGAACGAGGAGCUGACCGCGGAGGAGUGGAAGCGGCGGUACGAGCGGGAGAAGGAGAAGAACACGAAGCUGAAGGGCAAGAUCGAGAAGCUCGAGGCGGAGCUGGCCCGGUGGCGGGCGGGCGAAACGGUCAACGUGGAGGAGCAGCUCGACCUGCAGCAGGACGCGAUGGAGGCGAGCACGCCGAACGUGGAGGUGCUGCUUGCCCAGCCGGCCGAUCUGCCGGUGCCGGCGACACCGGGCGGCGGCGGCCUGCCCCUGUCCGCCGAGCGCGACACGCUCGAGGUGGAGCGGGAGCGCCUGUACCAGCAGCUGGACGAGAAGGACGAGGAGAUCAACCAGCAGUCGCAGUACGUGGAGAAGCUGAAGGAGCAGAUCAUCGACCAGGAGGAGCUGAUCGCGAACACGCGCCGCGACUACGAGAACCUCCAGUCGGAGAUGACGCGCAUCCAGCAGGAGAACGAGAACGCGAAGGAGGAGGUGAAGGAGGUGCUGCAGGCGCUCGAGGAGCUCGCGGUCAACUACGACCAGAAGUCGCAGGAGAUCGAGCUGAAGAACAAGGAGAUCGACAUGGUGAACGACGAGCUGCUGCAGAAGCAGACCACGCUGAACAGCGUCCAGUCGGAGCUGCAGCAGCUGAAGGACAUGUCGUCCCAUCAGAAGAAGCGCAUCAACGAGAUGCUGACCAACCUGCUGCGCGACCUGUCCGAGGUCGGGCAGGCGCUCGCCGCCGACCAGAACGAGAUGAAGAUGAACGUGGAGGCGUCGGCGGGCAAGGUCGAGGAGGAGUUCACCGUCGCCCGGCUGUACAUCAGCAAGAUGAAGUCGGAGGCGAAGAACCUGUCCGCCCGGUGCGCCAACCUCGAGACGCUGCAGCAGGACACCUGCCGGAAGGUGGGCGACUACGAGAAGGAUCUGAGCGAGUGCCGGCUGCUGAUCUCGCAGCACGAGGCGCGCAUGAAGUCGCUGCAGGAGUCGAUGCGCGAGGCGGAGAACAAGAAGCGCACGCUCGAGGAGAACAUCGACGCGCUGCGGGAGGAGUGCGCCAAGCUGAAGGCGGCCGAGCAGGUGUCGGCGGUGAACGCGGAGGAGAAGCAGCGGGCCGACCAGCUGAAGGUGGCGUUCGAGAGCCAGAUGGACCAGCUGCGCGACGUCCACACCAAGCAGGUGUCGGCGCUGCGCGACGAAAUCUCCGAAAAGCAGGAGCUGAUCAACGAACUGAAGGACACCAACCAAAAGCUGACGCUUGCCCACCAGCAGAUGACGGCGGACUACGAGAAGCUGAAGCAGGAGGAGCAGGAAAAGUCGGCCAAGCUGCAGACGCUUAUGCUUACCGACGAGCGACGCGAACAGGCCCGCAAGGAUCUCAAGGGGCUGGAGGAUACGGUGGCCAAGGAGCUCCAGUCGCUGCACGCGCUGCGCAAGCUGUUCGUGCUCGACCUGCAGGCCCGCAUCAAGAAGUCGCUCAACUCGGAGGACACCGAGGACGACGGCGGCUCGCUCGCCCAGAAGCAGAAGAUUUCCUUCCUCGAGAACAACCUCGAGCAGCUGACGAAGGUGCACAAGCAGCUCGUGCGGGAUAAUGCGGACCUGCGGUGCGAGCUGCCCAAGCUCGAGAAGCGCCUGCGGACCACGGUCGAGCGGGUGAAGGCGCUCGAGACGGCGCUGAAGGAGGCGAAGGAGGGUGCGAUGCGCGACCGGAAGCGCUACCAGUACGAGGUGGACCGCAUCAAGGAGGCGGUGCGCCAGAAGAAUUUGGCCCGCCGCGGACCGCAAGCACAAAUCGCUAAACCUAUUCGAGCCGGCCAGGGGCAAUAUCUGUUCAAGAGUGGCGGUACGGGCGCGGCCACCACGGCACCGGGCGGCGGCACCGCCAUCACGCCGAAGGCAAUGGCGGACGAGAAGCGAAAGUCCCAGAUUAAGGACAUGGACAGUUGAAUGCAUUUUGGCGAGUAGCGAACAAAAUGCGCGGCGGGUGGUUAAGUAGUAGUGGAUAGAAGCGUCAAAUGAUGGAGCGAAAGCAGCAAAUGCACCAACAACAACAGCAACAACAGCAAAUGCCGCUGCGGAAGAACUAGAGACGGAGAAGAAAGAGACACACACAGAUUCAUUACACAAAAUCGUGCAAAACCCGACAAUGAAAAAAAAACCGGUAUCUAGGAAGCUAUUACAACGUGCGACAGGAAAGCAGGCCCCCUCCCUCGCCCCACGAAAGCUCAUUUAUAGACAUACUUACAGACACACACACACACACUAUGAAAUCACCGUUCGGCUCUUUCUCUCUUGCUCUCUCGCGUGUCCCGGUCCCACAUUUAAGUAGGUUUGAAAUUUAUGCUCAAUCCCCUCUUCCCCUUUUAUUUUUCAUGGCGUUUAAUAAACAACACCACCCACCCCAACAUAGAGACAGAAUAGCGAAAUUGUAAAGAUAUCUACUAUUAUGUUCUGUAUGCGUACUACAUUAUUAAUAUUAUUAUUAUUGUAUUUUUAUUAUUCUUAUUCUUAUUCUUAUACCUUAAUAACGUAAUUUUUUGUCAUUCGUUUAAGCCAGUAGCAAAAAGAGAAGAGCAAUGUGUAAGACAGAAAAAGAAAGAAGGAGAGAGAGAGAGAGAGAGAGAAGAAAGGAAGCAGAGUAGCAACAAACAUACAUACACACAUACAUACACUACACCGGUUAACAGAAUGAGAUAAUUAGAAUGAGUGUGGACAGGGAAGGAACACAACAGGGCUCGCGCCUAGGUAAACGGCAAAGGCUUGUGAGACGAUUACAAAAAAAACUGAGUGGGCUAUAAACAGGAAGGUGGAGAAGUAAAUAUUGUGCUUAUCGCUUUGAGUAAGUUUAAAAACAGAAAAGAAAACGAGGAAGACGAGAAAAAAAGUAAACAGAAAACCACUUUAUAACAAUUUAACGCUAACUAUACUUGUGAUGGCAGCCAAUAUAUACUGCGCGCUACUACGAUAGGAUGGGAGCAGGCAGGGGGAAGAGGGGGUUUAGUUUUUGUUUGGAGAGAAAGUGCAAUAGGAUAUCGUGAAUCAUUCCUCCUUAUUUACGUUCUUUUUUUUCUUCUUCUUAAAUAUAUCUAUCUCUCCCGCACGCAUGCAUACGUACACACGGCCACUAAUUCACACAAAACAGUUCACCUUUUUGUUUGUGAUCUCGUUCAGUCAAUGGUAUGCUCUAGUUAAAAACAAAAACCACAUGCUCUUGCCGGUAAAUGGAAACAAAAAAAAUUGAACAAAAAGUGAAGCAUAAUUACAGCGAGAAGGCCAGAUAGAGAGAGAGAGAGACUGGAGGGAAUUCAGAUUGAGAGAAAGUGCGUUAGAAAACAGAGUAUAUAAGGUGGAGGGCGGUAAACUAAUUGAAGCAAAGCAUGCCCUUCGAGGCGUCUCCAUUUCUUCUCCAGAUAUAGACACACACAUACACACACAUCCAACAGCUCUUAAAUGGACGGUCCAUUUUAGGGUGAAAAACGCUAAACCGGAAGUGAGAGAAUGCCGCCUUGGUUGUAUCUCACUUUUCCCAGCGUGUGUUUGUGUGUGUGUGUGUAUUGAGCUGAGUGUUUUUUUAUCCUUUUAACACCGAUCAAUGUCUUGUUGUGUCGCUUCGCAAACGGAAAACAAAACCCGGCGCGCUCUGUCUAAGAUGUUUGCACGAGGAGUGCGGGGCUAAUAUAUGGGCUAAAGUGGGCUAAAAUCUAGGGAGUAACAAAGAAAUUUGAAAGUUAGAAAAAAUUGACUUAACACACACACACACAUACAUUUAUAUCUUCUACAUACAGACCACAAUCAGUCUGGUCGUGUGGUGUGGGUGGUGCUUCGAAUCGAUUAAAAAGAUUUACAACAAAAAAAAAGCCGGGGAGAAAAAUGGAGGCAACCCCCAUCCUACUCAUACCCCCCCCCCCCCCUCCUCCUGAAGGCGAUGGAUAUGAUCCAUUCCCGAGGGGAGGUUGUGGGUGGGCUUGGAAAUUCAGAAAGAAAAUCCCUGUGCGCGUUUGGGUGCUUAUAGAAUGCAGCAGAGAGAGAGAGAGAGAGAGAGAGAGAGAGAGGGAGAGAGAGAGAGAGAGAGAGAGAGAGAGAGAGAGAGAGAGAGAGAAA